AUGCCUCACACCAACUAUAAAAUCGUUCCUUUGAUUCCAGGAUCAAGAAGUUACUUUUCUAUAUCAAUUUACAUCCUCGAUCUCAUCAUUUCAGAAGUAAAUGUCUACUCUAUUAUAAAUUCAAAUUCUCAUUAUCAACCAUCUCUAUCACAUUCUUUAUCUGUCAAACAUAUUGUUGAUACAAUGGGAAGAGUGUUUCUUGUUUAUUAUGAUGAACAUCCGAAAGAGGAUUUUUUCCAUUGUAUUAUAUGCAAAACCCGAAUUGGAUUUGUCAAUAAAUUCAUUGAUUACAUAGACGGCUAUGGGAUUACAGCGGUUUUUCAUAACGUGUUUAAUGUACAAGUGGAUGCAGAGAAAUAUCACAGACAAGUAAAUGGAAAUACCAUAGCUGAUACUUACUGUGUCAAAUGUGGAAUGCUGCUAGGGAAGAAACUUAUUGUAGUCCCUUAUAACAAUCAAAUUGAGAAUAUUAGAGAAGGAAGAUUUUUGAUGAGCGCGUUCCAACUUGUUUAUUGGAAUAAUAAGCUAAUGUUUGUUGACGAAGAUGAUGAUGAAGAAGAAGAAGAUGAAGAUGAAGAAGAAGAUGAUGGAGGUGCUAAUGAGCACGAUCAUGAUCAAGGUGGAGAAACAAAUGAGCAGGAUCAUCAUAACAAUGGAGAUGCUAAUGAACAUGAUGAUAAUGAUCAAGAUUGA